AUGAUGAGAACAAGUCGAAUUACACCUGAUUAUUAUUAUAAACCAAAAGAAUUUCUCAAUAGAAAUAAUACUAAUAAUAAUUCAUAUGUUAUACCAAAUAAAACAGGUCAUAUUACAAAUCGUUCAAAAUAUGGACAAUAUAAUAUAACUGAAAAAGAUUUUGGUGAUCAUAAAAUUUCUUAUUAUAUACCAUCGGAAUAUGAAAAUAAUUAUGAUAUAUCACAACUUGACGAAAAUCCGAUUUCUAAUCAAACACAAAGAAUUGAUUCACCUAUAUUAGUCCGACGAAGAUAUUAUCGACAUUAUGAUAAUAAUAAUAAUAAUAAUAAUAAUAAUGAUGAUUAUUCAAAUAAAGAAUUACCAAUAAUAUCAUCUCGUCAAAAUAUUCAUAUACGUUCAGAACAACCAAAAAUAAUUAAAAGAGUCUAUUUUAAAAUACCACCAUCACCAAAAACAAUUCAACAUAUUUAUGAAGAUGAACAUCAACUAAGCAAUGAAGAUAUUAUUGAAUAUGUUGUACCACAACAACAAUAUGUCGAAGAAUCACAACCAAUUCAUCAUCCUGUGUAUAUAGAAAAUCUACCUUCAAUUUCUCGUUCUCCUCCUGUUCCUCCUCGUCAACACUUGCCUCAAGUAUCACCUACAUUAUCACGACCACCAGUUAAACCAUCUCAUGUCAGUGAAUUUGCUACACCAAAUUAUCCAAGAAUAACUCCUCGAACAACAAUCAAUGAAAUAUCACCUAGAUCACUGCCUCCAAUUCAUAAUAAACAAAAACAUAUAAGUUUAAAAGAAGUUUUAGCACAAAAUCGUGCGAGACGUGGUUCACGUAUACCUAUACCACGACGUGAAAUUGAUGAAGAAGUAGCAUAUGAUCUUCCAAUAUAUAAUAAGAAUUAUGUUAAGAAUGGUUUUAUUGUACAUAAAUAA